AUGGCCGAGCGGUCAGAAGCCAACGCGAAGGAUGCCACCCAGAGCUUCUCGAGAGAAAAGCAGAAUCCCCUGGGUAGCGAUGUACUCACUGAAAAGGAGCCAGGCAUCACCUUUGCUGCCCAGGAAAAGCUUCCAAAGUUACCCAUUCCGGAUCUCGAAUCAACUUGUAAAAAGUAUCUGGCCUCUCUGUAUCCAUUGCAAACUGCACGAGAGCAUCAUGAUAGCGAACGGGCUGUUCAGGAGUUUCUUCAAACCGAGGGUCCGGAUCUUCAAGCCAAGCUGAAGGCCUACUCCGAGGGCAAGUCCAGCUAUAUUGAACAGUUCUGGUACGACUCGUACCUCAACUUCGACAACCCGGUCGUGCUCAACUUGAAUCCAUUCUUUCUUCUCGAAGACGACCCGACGCCUGCUCGCAACAACCAGGUCACUCGCGCUGCGUCACUCGUCGUAUCGGCUCUGUCGUUUGUGCGCGCAGUCCGCAAGGAAGAAUUGCCACCCGACCAGAUCAAAGGCCAGCCCAUGGAUAUGUACCAAUACUCUCGCCUGUUCGGAACCGCUCGUAUUCCUACAGAAAAUGGGUGCCAGAUUGGACAGGACCCAAGCGCAAAGCAUAUUGUUGUCCUAGCGAGAGGCCAGUUCUACUGGUUCGACGUCUUGGAUGAUAACAGCGAUCUUAUCAUGACCGAAAAGGACAUCAGCUUGAACCUCCAAGUCAUUAACAAUGACUCCGAGCAGACGCCAGUCGGUGAAGCUGCAAAGUCCGCUGUUGGAGUCUUGAGUACUGAGAACCGCAAGAUUUGGUCCAGUCUUCGCGAGCUUAUCGGCAAGGAUGAGGGCUCUAACAACAGCGAUUGCCUCAACAUUGUCGACUCGGCUCUGUUUAUCCUCUGUUUGGACUACACCGAGCCCACCAGCAGCGCUGCCCUGUGCGCAAAUAUGCUGUGCGGCACUUCUGAGAUUGAACGCGGUGUGCAAGUCGGCACAUGUACGAAUAGAUGGUACGACAAACUACAGAUCAUCGUUUGCAAGAACGGUAGCGCAGGAAUCAACUUUGAACACACCGGUGUGGACGGUCAUACUGUUCUUCGAUUUGCCUCGGACAUCUACACGGAUACCAUUCUUCGGUUCGCUAGGACGAUCAACGGUCAAGCUCCUUCGAUGUGGGCUUCGACAUCGCCAGAUCCAUCAAAGCGCGAUCCCAAGAGCUUCGGUGAUGUAAGCACUUCGCCCCAUAAACUGGAGUGGGACAUGGUGCCUGAGCUCGCCACUGCUCUUCGAUUCGCAGAGACUCGCCUGGCAGACCUGAUUCAGCAGAACGAGUUUCAGACUCUAGAGUUCGAAGGAUACGGAAAGACCUUUAUGACUUCGCACGGAUUCUCCCCAGACGCAUUUGUACAGAUGGCCUACCAGGCAGCAUACUACGGCAUGUACGGGCGAAUCGAAAGCGUUUACGAACCAGCGAUGACGAAGAUGUUCUACCACGGCCGAACAGAGGCAGUGAGGUCGGUCACACAGGAGAGUGCAGAUUUUGUACGCACCUUCUGGGCUGAUGCUGCACCGGCGAAGAAAGUCGAGGCACUCAAAAAGGCUUGUGAGAAGCACUCUGCCCUGACCAAGGAGUGUGCCAAAGCUCAGGGUCACGACCGUCACCUCUACGCUUUGAUGUCGAUUUGGCAGCGUCAAGURGACGGUGAUUUGGACCUCAACGGUGAUGGCACAAGUACAAAUGGAUGGAGCAGUCCGACGAGCGACCGUGAGGCGAACAGCUCUGCUGCAUCUCCUAACGGAGAAAGCGUGGCCAGUGAUCAGGACAGCCUGCAAAUGGCCUCUUCAAGACAGCCACAGCCACUUCUUCCCGCUCUCUUCGCCGAUGGUGGUUGGGACAAGAUCAACAACACCAUCCUGAGCACCUCCAACUGUGGAAACCCAUGUUUGAGGCAUUUCGGAUUCGGUCCCACCAGUGGAGAGGGUUUCGGUAUUGGAUACAUUAUCAAGGAUGGCAGCGUGUCCAUCUGUGCCAGCAGCAAGCACAGGCAAACCAAGCGAUACAUCGAUGCACUCGAGAACUACUUCCUCGAGAUUAGGAAGUUGCUUCGACAGACCCACAGGAGAAGCACGACGUCGGACAAGAACGCAACUCGUGCUCGCGAGGUCGAUGAGAAGCGACCCAAGGCUCAGAACAUGAAGAGUCGUGGACGCGUGGUCAAAGCUGAUGGUACUGGUGCAGCACCGAAAGCUGAAGAAGCUGAUACCGGUGCCGUCAGCGAUGACGAAUAUGGUGGCUAUGGCUUCUUCGACGCGGGCAUGCUGAURCAAGCCAUUAAGGCCAAGGAUGACGCGGCUGAACGUCCGAGCGAGAGAAUCGCGCAGCGUCGCGAGGUCGGGAAGAGACUUCGUUUGAUGGAGUACUAA